AUGGGUCCGCCAUGGUUUCGUGGUCGGGAUCGCCGUCAACUGGUUUUGGUUUGGAUAUGGAUGGUCAUGUGGUCUCCACUCAGCGUCGGGAGCUUCGAUCUGCAGGAAUAUAACGAUUGCGACCAGGAGGAAGCUUUUCGCAACGUUUCCUUCUACUGCCAUCGCGCCAAAAUUGACUGCGGCGAUGUCUACACAGAGGAAGACACGUGCAAGCAGCGUGGCUGUAUUUGGCAGCCUGGUCAGGAAAACAGCUGGUAUCCUUGGUGUUACCACCCUUCACCCAGCCCAUGUGGCCGCGCCUUCCCGCUUCAUCCGGACACGGGCCACCUUUACAUGCUCACGGGUGAUGCAGGGGACCUGGCCGCGAGUGCCCUCAACUUGACUUGCUUUGACGUACCGUACAAAGCCCACCCUGCUGCACUUGGGUUCGUCUCCUACCUGAUCGGCGUUUGA